AAAUUGUAUUACUAAAAAUACAAAUAAUCUAAUUUAUAACAAAAAUGAAUCAACUAGCUUGCAUUGUGUUUAUUGCCUGUGCCGCCAUGGUCAUGGCCAACCAGCCCGAGGCCCGUAUGUUGGGACCUGUUGGUGACUUUUUAGGUCACUUCCCAGGUCUUGGAUUUAUGUCUAACCAUCCCGGUGCCCGGCAAGGUGCUUUCCCUGUUGUCCGAAAUAAUGGUGACUUUACCGCUGCAAAUGCCGCCAAAAUGCCCAAUUCUGUCCCUGGCAAAUCUAUCCGUAUUACACCCGACAAGACCACAACAAUGACUAUCUAUAAGCGCAUUGUGUGCACCGGCGGUCCCGUACAGGAAAUCAUGUUAAACACGACUAUCCCUAACUCGAGCACCACGUGCAACGGCUACGACGCUUGGGUGUCACCCUGGACAUAUAACACCGUGGUCAACGGACAGGCCCAGGACCUUGUUAUAGGCAACUUCUCCCAAUACUACUCCUACCUGAAUGGUAAUAUGUACGAGGUGAACUUUGGGCAAAUUACCGGUGGUGACUGCGCUGGUGACACCUUUUUCUCGGCUAAUGCCUAUGUGGCCGAUGACCAGUUGGGUUGCAGUGGACAGGGAUUAAAGUCAGUGUCCAUUGACUAUAUUAACGCUAAGAUAUCGGGUACCAAAUGCAAUCAGCAAUGCACCUUGGAUACUAGACACCACUCAUUCUUUGCCUACAACCCGCCUAUAACUAAUUAAGCAAUGUACUAAUUGGACUUGAUUAAUAUUUCUUAAAUUUGUUUUAUUUAUGUAUUUUGCAUUGAUUAUAUUUUAAAUAAAAUUGAUAAUUUUAGCACGAAA